GACAGAGGAGGGACACUUCUCCAUUAGUCAGCUGAAAAGUUUUCCAGCUCUUUGACGGAAGCAGAGCGCGCGGCUGAUUUCCGCUUCCCUCGCUGCUGCUGGUCACUGAAGGAAAGAUGGCGGCGGUCGAGACCGAUCGUGAUGCACCGUCCGCUCUGUGUAGCGAAUUCCUCAAUUUCUCCGCAAAGGACACCGCUGCGAAAUGGCUGCAGGUGAGCAACCUGCCCAAAGAAGUGUACCAGCACUUAGCCUGCUACGUCCCCAAGAUCUACUGCCUGGGCCCUAACCUGAACCCUCAGAAUGAGGACCUGCUGGCUCCGCUGCUGCUUCAGAGCCCGCUGGAGUGGUACCUGUGCGGGGAAGAGCCGUCCGUGGGAUUGGCCAAGCUGGAACAGAACAACCAGCCCUCACAGCUCUGUGGCCACGUGUUUAAAGUGGGAGAGCCAACGUACUCCUGCAGGGAGUGUGCAGCUGAUCCGACCUGCGUGCUGUGUAUGCAGUGCUUCUUAGGCAGCGUUCACAAAGAGCAUCGCUACAGGAUGACCACCUCAGGAGGAGGAGGCUUCUGCGACUGCGGCGACACAGAGGCCUGGAAGAAGGGCCCUUACUGUCAGAAACACGAGCCCAAUAUCAGUGACUCUUCCCAGAAGGAUCCGUUAGCUAAUCUGUCUGAUGAGAUGAUUGCUCGCACAUAUAAUGUUUUCUCCAUCAUCCUCAAAUAUGCUGUGGACAUGCUCACCUGGGAAAAAGAGGACGAGCUACCUGAAGGCCUUGAGCCACCGGCACGUGGAGACACAUACUACUGCAUGCUGUUCAAUGAUGAGGUCCACACGUACGAGCAGGUCAUCUAUACACUACAGAAAGCUGUGAACUGCACUCAGAAAGAGGCCGUCAGUUUCGCCACCACCGUGGACAGAGAUGGGAGGAAGUCUGUUCGCUUUGGGGACUUCCAGUUUUGUGAGCAGGCCAAAUCUGUUAUUGUGAGGAACACGAGUCGGCAGACGAAGCCCCUGCGGGUUCAAGUCAUGCACUCUUCUGUAGUGGCUCAUCAGUGCUUUGCACUCAAAGCUCUCACCUGGCUCGGCCAAAUCAUCAGAUACUCAGAUGCUUUGAGAAGGAUCCUGUGUCAGGUGGGUCUUCAGCGAGGACCAGAGGGAGAGAACUCUUCUCUAGUGGACACGCUCAUGCUCUGUGACUCCAAGAUGUGGAAAGGAGCGAGAAAUGUUUACCACCAGCUCUUUAUGAGCAGCCUACUCAUGGAUACAAAGUACAAGAAACUUUUCGCAAUUCAGUUUGCAAAGAACUAUGAGCGCUUGCAGAGCGACUACGUGAAGGACGACCAUGACAGGGAGUUCUCAGUCACUGAUCUUUCUGUGCAAAUGUUCACCGUGCCUUCUCUGGCGCGGAUGUUGAUCACAGAAGAGAACCUGAUGACCACCAUCAUCCGCACCUUCAUGGACCACCUCAGACACCGAGACCUGCACGGCCACUUUCAGUUUGAACGCUAUACCGCACAACAGGCCUUCAAAUUCCGCCGAGUCCAGAGCCUUAUAGGAGACCUCAAGUAUGUCCUGAUAAGCCGCCCAACAGAGUGGACCGACCAACUCAGGGAAAAGUAUCUGGAAGGUUUCAGUGCUUUCUUGGAGUUGCUAAAAUGCAUGCAGGGAAUGGACCCAGUAGUGCGUCAGGUGGGGCAGCACAUAGAGAUGGAGCCAGAAUGGGAGGCAGCGUUCACCUUACAGAUGAAGCUCACACAUAUCAUCUCUAUGAUGCAGGAAUGGUGUUCCAGUGAUGAGCGAGUGCUGAUCGAAGCCUAUAAGAAGUGCCUGAGUGCGCUGACUCACUGCCACAGUGGUUUCACAGAUGGGGAGCAGCCCAUAACCCUCAGCAUGUGCGGCCACUCCGUCGACACCAUCCGCUACUGUGUCUCUCAGGAGAAAGUCAGCAUACACCUGCCUCUGUCCCGACUUUUAGCAGGUUUACAUGCUCUGCUGAGCAAAACUGAGGUUGCUUAUCGAUUCCCUGAGCUGCUGCCACUGAGUGAACUGAGUCCACCCAUGUUGAUCGAGCAUCCGCUUCGCUGCCUUGUACUCUGUGCCCAGGUGCAUGCUGGGAUGUGGAGAAGAAAUGGCUUCUCUUUGGUCAAUCAGAUCUAUUAUUAUCACAAUGUGAAGUGUAGAGUGGAGAUGUUCGAUAAAGACCUCAGCAUGCUUCAGGCUGGAGCUUCCAUGAUGGAUCCAAACCACUUCCUGAUGAUCAUGUUGAGCCGUUUUGAGCUCUAUCAUAUCUUCAGCUCAGCAGACUGCAGAAAGAGAUACAACAGAGAGAACGCUAACAAGGAUGUGGUUCAGCAGAAUAACACGCUAAUUGAAGAGAUGCUGCAUUUGGUCAUUAUGAUCGUGGGGGAGCGAUACACAGCAGGUGUUGGUCAGGUGGAGUGCUUUGAUGAGAUAAGGCGAGAGAUCGUUCACCAGCUAUGCAUUCGACCCAUGGCCCACAGCGAGCUGGUCAAAGCCCUGCCUGAGAAUGAGAAUAAGGAAACCGGCAUGGAGAGGGUCAUCGACAGUGUGGCUUUGUUUAAGAAGCCUGGUGUGACUGGUAAAGGACUUUAUAAACUCAGGCCAGAGUCUGCCAAGAUGUUCAACCUUUACUUCCACCAUUACUCCAGAGCUGACCAGUCUAAGGCUGAAGAGGCCCAGAGAAAAAUAAAGAGGCAAAAUGGGGAAGAUUCAGUUCUGCCUCCACCUGUUCUGCCUCGGUUCUGUCCGCUGUUUGCCAGCCUGGUGAACAUACUGCAGUGUGACGUGCUGCUGGGGAUUCUGGGAGCUGUGCUGCAGUGGGCGAUGGAGCCCAGCGGGGGACACUGGUCUGAGUCCAUGCUUCAGCGGGUGCUGCAUCUCAUAGGCAUGGGCCUGGUGGAAGAACAGCAGCAUCUCCUCAGCAGUGCAGAAGAUAAUGAUACCAACUUCAACUUCACUCUCAAAAUCUCAAGACCAGGUGAGGCUCCUGCUAACACUCCCAGUAUCUUGGCUUUAUUGGAAACCCUGCAGAACGCUCCUCAUCUGGAGGUGCACAAGGACAUGAUCCGCUGGAUCCUCAAGACUGUUGCCAACAUCAAAACCACGCGGGAGUGCACGGCCAGUGCGCCCCCCAGUGACAGCUCAGGGCACAGUCAAGAGGAGACGGUGCGGGAUAAAGAUAAGGCGGAGCGGAAGAGGAAAGCAGAGAUGGCGCGGCUCCGGAGGGAGAAGAUCAUGGCUCAGAUGUCAGAGAUGCAAAGACACUUCAUCAAUGAGAACAAAGAGUUGUUCCAGCAGAGCCUGGAGGAGCUUGACCCCUCCACCUCCUCCACACUGGAGCACAGCCCCAGUUCAUGUGAUAGUACACUGUUCUGUGUGGGGCCACGGCGGUGGCGUGCAGGCGGCAGUGACAGGAGACAGAUGGUGACAUGUAUCCUGUGUCAGGAGGAGCAGGAAAUCAGGAUUGACGGCAAAGCCAUGGUGCUCGCUGCUUUUGUCCAGCGCUCCACAGUCAUGUCCAAAAACCGCAAGAGACCUCCACACAACCCAGAUAAGUAUGACCCUCUCUUCAUGCACCCUGACCUGUCGUUCGGCACGCACACAGGCAGCUGCGGACACAUCAUGCACUCGCACUGCUGGCAGAGGUAUUUUGAAGCAGUGCAGGCUAAAGAGCAGCGCAGGCAGCAGAGGCUACGUGUGCACAUUCCUCUGCUGCCUCUUACAAAGACCAGCUGCAGCUCUGAACAGCCUGAUCUGAGCCAGUGGUUGAACAUCACCUCUCUGCAGAUGAAAGCCCUGCUCUCUGCUCACAGGAAGGCCAAGGCUGCAGAUGCUGAUGGUGUUGAUGAUAUGGAUGGUGUUAAUGACUGUCCUCCACCUGAUGGCUUCAAACUGGACUACACUCCAAAGAACCCGUACUCAAGCACCAUAAAGGAGAUGUUAACCACAUUUGGGACAGCCACAUAUAAAGUGGGUCUUAAAGUGCACCCAAAUGAGCAGGACCCCCGGGUGCCAAUCAUGUGCUGGGGCAGCUGUGCCUACACCAUUCAGUCCAUAGAGAGAUUGCUGGUGGAUGAAGAGAAGCCUUUGUUUGGAAGUUUACCAUGCAGACAGGAUGACUGUUUGAGUUCUCUGACUCGGUUUGGCUCGGCCUGCUGGACCGUCUCCUCUCAUGCCACUGUACAGAAUCACUUUAUUAGGCUGUUAGCAGCCCUUGUUCCUGAUCCUCGGGUGGAGAAUACACCGUGCAUUCUAGACAUAGACAUGUUUCACUUGCUGGUGAGCUUGGUGCUGUCCCAUCCAGCGGUUUUCUCUCUGGAUUCCUCAGGGCUGAGUGCAGACACUGCACAACUGCACUUCCUGCAUCUCGUCACAGUUGCUCACAUAGUUCAGAUCCUCCUAAGCUCCGUACCAGAGGAGGUGCAAAUGGAGCAGGAGAGUGGAGGAGCAGAGAGGGAAGAGGAGGAGAAAGUGUGUAUGUUCUACAACACACUCAGGACGCAUCUGGGAAGCGGUCUGCGUGAGGUGGACUCAGGCUGGCAUCUGUGGUGCUGUGUGAAAGCUGGAAUCCUGCCUUAUCUGAGGGCAGCCGCUCUGUUCUUCCACUAUCUCAACGGAGCUCCAGCACCACCCGAGUUACAUACUCUAGGUGUGGGUGAAUGGGAGGCUCUGUGUGGAUACCUGUGUCUGCCCUCCAACCUGCUCCAGCUCUUCUACAACAACCGGGAGCUCAUGGAACCUCUGCUGCAUGGGUGGUGCUCUCAUCCAGGUGUGCUGCAGGGUCUUCAGAGCAGCGUGGCUCUCAUCAGGUUUCCUAGAGAGUCUAAUCAUCUCAUAGAGCUGCCGGGCGACUACAGCGCCCUAAUUAACCAGGCCUCCAGCUUCACGUGUCCUAAAUCUGGAGGGGAUAAGUCUCGCGCUCCUACUCUGUGUCUGGUGUGCGGUGCUAUGCUGUGCUCUCAGAGCUACUGCUGUCAGAGCGAGCUGGAAGGAGUGGAUGUGGGCGCAUGCACCGCACACACUUUCGCCUGCGGAGCCGGAGUCGGCAUCUUCCUCAGGGUGCGGGAAAGUCAGGUCCUGUUCCUGGCUGGCAAAACUAAGGGCUGUUUUUAUGCUCCCCCAUACCUGGACGACUAUGGGGAAACAGAUCAAGGGCUAAGACGGGGAAACCCAUUACACUUGUGCCAAGAGCGCUACAGGAAGAUCCAGAAGCUGUGGCGCCAGCACAGCAUCACGGAGGAGAUCGGCCAUGCUCAGGAGGCCAAUCAGACUUUGGUGGGCAUCGACUGGCAGCACCUGUGAAGUCACGUGAUGCUUUCUCACACCUUCGCCCACCCUUAACACAUAAGGGGACCCGCAAUGCAGAGCUAGAGGUUGCCACGGUGUCACCAAGGCCUCUUGCUCUUCCUCCACCCCUUUCUCCAUCAGUGGAUGAAUGCAUGACGUUUCUUUGCAAAUUUUUUUUUUUUUUUUGGUGGGAGAUUUCUCUUCCCAUUUUCUUUUAAAUAUGAUAUAAAUACAUAUUUAAAAAUACAUAUAGCCAAGGUAUUGAACCCCAAAAAUAUGGGUUCCUUCGCAACACAGAUAUUCUUCUUAGGAAUGCUAUUUAAUUUCUUCUCCAAGUAAUAUUAAAUUAUUUUCAAGGUAUUUUGCUUAAAUAUAAAGGUUUCUCUUAUCGCUUGGGAAUUGAGUGGUGAUGCUGCCCUUCAAGGAAGCACAAAUGUCCCUCAACGCCCAUGCAGGGAUAGCGCCACCUGUAGGAUACACAUCAUCCUCUCUGCCCCCGUCAUCUCGAAUGCUGCAAUACAUUUGUUAAGGCCACCUAAUUAACGUGCUCAUGUUCAUACAAUACAAGCCAACGCGGGGACGAUCCGGGAGCACAUGAAUAUGUCCUUGAAUGUCUGGUUUCUGUUUGUCUGGGUUGUGUAUGUGUUUGUGCGAGUGAGUUUUUACGUACAGGUGUUUAGUUUGUAUGUUUCUAAUAUGAUGGAUUUCUAACGUGGUCCAUUUUUAUGACCGUUUAUUUCUUGUUUUUUUGUGACGCAUAUUAUUUCUGUGUUUCUCGCAGCUGUGUGUUGUAUGUGACCUUGAUCUAUUGAAUCAUGCGUUCCACGAACUGAACAUGAGUUCCACUCUUAAACAUGAUUUUGACGUGUGUGCCGUGUGUUGUGAUUUUGGACAUUUUGUUUCUUUAUACUGCUGCACAUUUUCUCAGUAAUGGAUGCAGAAUUGCAUAUCCUUAAUUCAGUUUCAACUUUGGUCUGCUUUAUACUGUUGAUUUUUCUUUAUAGUGGCCUUGGCUUGGGGCUUUAGUCCAAAUCAAAAGUUUUAUUUGUCAGAGAUGCAGAAACGCAUUAAAACACACCAUUGCUUCUUUCAGAAACAAGUUUUCAUGUCUGGUGCGGUUCAGAUGAAAAGCCGGUUUCUAAUGCGGUGAGAAUAUUUCCUGAGACACUUCCAGUGGCUGCAGCAGUGUAUUACAACACAAACUGACUUGUUAAUAUGUGAAUUCUUGUAUAAAUGGGCACAUUGUACUAUAUUGUAAAACAUUAAUGAAAUAAAAAAAGAAAAAGA